GGGAACUUAAUAUUUCGGGUAUUUCACUUGAACGACCAUCGCUCAUUCACUUAUCAUAGUGUUUCACUUGAACGACCAUACGAGUACUAUAUUAAUCUUGUAAGGUAUAAUGCGGUGCACUGCCUGUAGGCUACAGCACAGUGUAGAAUUAACUUCUAAAUUCUGUUUUGGCCACGCCCAUUGGCCAUGGCACAUGAAAUAAUUUUUUUGUUUAACCUAUAUAGUUCUAACCUUCUGCAAAAACUGAGGAUUAUCUGAAUUUAUAGCCUCAAAAUGUUCCCUGGUAAGUUGAGAUAUCUGGCUAUCUAGUGCACUACCUCACAUGCGCACGGAUGAUUGUGUAUGGGAUUUAAUAUGCGACCGUUUAGUUCUAAAGUGUUUUUGUUUGUUGACAGAACACAAGUUACUGUAUAUUUGCCUACGAAUCAAUGAUUUUGACUUGAACACAGAGAAACACCCUUUCCCUUUUGCACCGACAGAUCUAUAAAAAAACCCACCCAUCCACCAUCUUGAAUACCCAGCGGUUGUUUUGCUAAGUAUUACUUUUUUGUGUGGUCUAGCUGUACAGCCCAAGAAAGCGUUCCAAAGGUUGUUAGGAGCGCAUAAGCUAUAGAGUAUGAAAUAGACGCAAGAAGGAAGACAAUUAAUUAUGAUGCACCAUAUGGACAAGAAAAGGGAGGCAAGGGGCAGUUCACUAUCUUUGCCCACUAAUUUUUACAAACUUACCUCGGCCAGCGAUGUUGACACUUGGUCAGAACACGCGCUACGAGUACCUGUCGUACUGGGACGCGGUACAGAGGACGAUCUCUUUUUUCUGAGGCAUAGUGCUUACCGGGACCGAUCAUGCAGCAGUGCCUUACAGUUGCAAGUGCCAAGCCCAUGUCAAGAAGCGGAACGGUCAACCCAUGAACAUAGCAACGAGCAAGUAUGGCUUUCCUCGACUGAUGAAACAAAGCAAAUACGACCUAUUCUGACUGAUAAAGACAACAAAAUAUGUCCAAUUCCGGCUGGUGAAGAAAAGCAAAUACGACGUAUCUUGACGGAUGAAGAGCUCUAUUUACGAUAUAUCAGGGAAUAUCCCCAAGAGCGAGCAACAACUUCUAAAAGCUGCAGUAUACCAGUCUUCAACCAUAAUGCCUGCAAAAAUGUUACAGCGGUGCGGAGCGAUGACGCAACCGAUUUUACGAGUCGGCAGGCGGGACAUCAUUCUGAUUUACAUCAGCAAGCACUAUCUGUCAAUACCCUGACAACGAACGCAGCAGCCACGAGCCGCGGCGACAGCAGCGCGGCUGAUUCCAGUCCCUGUGAGCCGCUUUUUGAAGACGAUGACGUCGCUAGCGACAGGGAAACAUGGCUGGCUUUGUGCCAAACCGCUGUGACAGUUGUGCAACAACCGAGGACACUUUUUCAAAAUGCGUUCAAAAGUAUGCAUAACAUUUUUGCUGCCCUGCCCAGAUGGCCUGGAAGUUGUUUCGGUUCGCUGCACGAACCUCCAAGAGAUUUCGUUAGCAAGCUAUCCCACGGGAUAAAUCAGCUUGGAAACUGCUCGAACUGGCUGUUAGGGUUCUUUAAAGGCUUUAUGUGCAGUAUCUUGCACCGGUUAGGUCACUAUUUGUGGGGCUUUCCUGAUCCAUUCUUCGCCACUAGUGGAUUCUGGAGAUGGUUCCGUUUGCUUAUCAGUUUUGGCAUUUUUACCAUCAGUCUGACAAUAUUGGAUGUGGUAUCGGAUGUCCUCGUUGUGCUGCAGCUUUGGGCGGACACAAACUGCCAUCUCAAUUCAUCAUUGCUUACGUUCAUUACUGUAGUACCUCUUUUUCCAGUUAUUAUCUCCACAGUGAUGGAACGGCUUCAGUUGAAAAACAGCUGGGCUGGAGCGUCGGCGCUAAAUUGGCGGCUGGCUCGCCAGAAGCUGAUGAAUCUCGAAGAUCCCCUUCUAUUAUCAAAAGAUACGAAGAGAGAUAGCAGUGAGUCUUGGACAGAGGUGUCCGAUAUGGGUAAAAAUUGGAGCUGGAGUAUGAGAGCACAACUUGAAAUUUUCCCGUUUGAGUUUGUUAGCCGAUGCCGAAAAUUUUUUCGAGCUUGGAAAUUCAGUGCAACCGAUAUAAGAAGAAACAGGUAUACGAAAGGCAACGACAUCGAAUUUCAAGAUAUGCAACUGCAAAGAGCGCAACUGAAGCAAAUCAAAUAUGAAUCGAGUAUCCAGUUGAUCAUCUUACUAGUUCUAAUCGGUACGGGUGUAUUGCCUUUCUCAGCUAUACCAUGUGUUUCAUUGGUCUGCUCCUUCGUAUCGGUUUUCAAAUAUAUCCCUCCGUGCGCGCAUUUACCAGGAAAAUUCGCAUUCAACAAGAGUCUGUUGGGCCAGCGCGACUGCUUAAGCGUAACGGAGGUUAAUCACAUGCUGCGGCCACGAAUACUUAUCUUACAUGGAGCAAUGUGUAAUUUUCUGUAUAUCGCCUGCCGUUAUCAUGUAUUCAUUUCCCUCAUUAUUAUCAAUUGGCACGCCGCGGUCUACACGACACUCUUGCAAGCACUAAUUGUUGUUAUCUCCAUGGUGUGGUCGUUUAGUGGAGUAAAAAUUCAAUCAAAAUAUACCAUGCGGCGCGUUCGGCCACCCAGUGGCUAUAAUGAGUCAUCUGGCACAGUUUUUAUUCGCUGCGCUUGGAAAAGGAAAGUUGGAAGCGCUUGUGCAUUUUUCCUACAAAUGGCGACCGCUUUAACUUACUUUUUGCUGAUACCGCUUACAACAACAAUGACGAAACUAGGGUGUUUUGUCGGUACCGCUUUGCAAGCGGUAGCAAUUGUGGUCUAUCUUCUUGUUCUCCACCUUGGAUGGAGACUAAGUAUUUCGUCUUACGUAGAUACAUCCCAUAAAUGGCUUUUGCACCAUUCUUCCUCACUCGUCUAUCCUACGUUGUUUGCCAAUGCUGCGGUUUCUUGUGUUCUGCUGCCGCUGGUGCAGUUAUUGCUGGACAAUAAGAAUACUGCCAGUUGGCUCGUGCAUCGAAACAAAUGCCGAAAUUGUUUAGCAUUUCAAAGUCGAUAUUGCAAAAAAACACCUUGUUGGAUGUGUGAUUGGUUGUGGGCCUUAGAAAAGGGGAAUGUCAGGCGUUACUCCGGACGUCCAGAACGCGAAGACAUUCUAUGGAAGGCCCGCUAUGGAAGGCCAGAUUUUGAGAAGCGUGCCAUUGAUUGCGGUUGCAGAUUAUGAUCCGCUUCAGGGAUAUGAAACAUCAGAAGCAUUUUAUCGACUUUUGGCACACUAUCACAAGGAUGUUCCCGGUGACAAGCUGCUGUGUCGUGCGCAUUCUGAUCAGUAUUACGCAAAUUCUGAGGAAGGUGCACCAGACAGCCCGGUAGAGUCACUACGCUUGUUUCACCAAAAAGGACUUGUUCGUUUCUGGGAUGACUGGUGCAACACCAGGUUGGAGAGACUUACGGAUGACUUAUCUGACUGGGAUAUGCUGAGUGACAUUUCGCGAGAAGGAGCUAUGACAACCAUUAUAGCGAACAUUUAUCAUUAUGAAGUAUUGCCUUUGCAGUUGUGGUUCAGAGCUAUCCUGUAUGACCAAGGUGUUGAAAGUUCAGAACGGCAAAACACUUGCUGGUCACGGCUCAAGGAGAUCAGGGAUCAACACAGAUCAUGCCGAUACGAAUGUGUUCUCAAUCAAAAUGUACGAGCAGGAACAGUUGAGCUAAUAAUCAAGGUUCCCGUCACAGGAGCCAAUGCGCCCGCUUACGAUACCUGCAAUGUCACCAUUGAAAUGACAUCAAGAUAUGGCAAGGAGUUUGCUGACUAUUUCCUGCUUCAUAACGGUUAUCAGGGCUGCAAAAGUUGGCCGGCUCGUACAUGCCCAGGGCUAUUCGACUUUGAAGGCCAAGCGGCUGAAAGGAUCCACAUCAACGCAAGCGAUCUUUAUUGACAUAACCGGAAUAUACUGUAAAUCAUAAUAAUAAUAUGGAUUUAAUCAUAAUGUACUAUGAGCAAUAAUGAUUCCUUUUAUUGCUAGGUUGUCAUCAAUAUUACAGUGCGGAAAGAUUCUGAAAGUAUUUUUAACACGGCUGUCAAU